UAAACGUUUAUUUGCGCAAUUAGACGUGUUAAUUUUCAGCCGCAAAAAAUCUUUUUUAAAAUAAUAAAUUACUUUAUAAAGCAUACUUUGAAUAAGAGAAUAUCAGUGAAUAUAAAAUAAUAAUAAGAGUGCAAUAAAUAAUGACAGAGGAAUUGAAGUAACAAAGUUAAUUUGACUAUUAUUAUUCAAUAAUAAGUUAUUGGACUUUUUUUUCAAAAAUUAAAAAAUAAUAGUCAUUAUGAAUCAAGAAAAAUUGUUAGUUCAAAGUAUAUCAACAAAAGAUAAUGAAGAUUCUAUUCAGAUAGACAUAAGUGACAAACCAAAAGUAAGUCAUUCAAAAUCAACAGUACACGAAUUAUUUGCUAAGCAGUGCCCAACUCUGAAUGUGACAGUGUUUAAAGAUAGGGCUGAAGUCAAUCGUGUUGUAAAAGUUGAUGUAGAAGAGGGUGAUACAGAGGUUUUAAUUAGACAAUUACCUUCAAUUAUUCAAAAAGAUUCAAUAAGGGUAACUUGCUAUACUGAAAGUGUAACAAUAGUAGAGGUUGCUUUCCAAAUUAAAUCAGUUGUUGAAAACAGUAGUAAUGAAGAUGAAGAGAAUUUAAAAGUUGAAUCUGAAUCUGAUAAGAUUUUAAAAAGAUUAAAAAUUUUAAAAAAGGAAAAAACUGUUUUACUUGAAAAAUUGAAAAGAAAUGAAAAAGAAGCUUCUAUUCUGGAUAGUUACGCAAAUUGUAUAACUGAGAAAAAAGAAGACAAAGUGGGGGAAAUAUUGGAUAAAAAAAGUAUUGAAAGUAUGCUGCACUUUCUUUCUAUUUAUAAAGAUCGAAGCGAAAAAAUAACUGACUUAACAAUCUCAUUGAAUGAAAAUCUUGAAUCAAUUAACAAAGAAAUUGAUGUUCUUACUGAUAACCUCAAUAGAUUACAACCACCCAAAAAAGAAUACAAAGAAGAAAGUUGCAUAUCUAUCUUACUUAAUGUUAAAAAAAACACAAAUGCUAGUCUUGUUGUUUCGUAUGUUGUCCACCCAUUAGCUAGCUGGACUCCCUUUUAUGAUAUCAGAGCAUUCAGUGCAGACGAUUCAUUACAGAUUUUAUAUUUCGCAAAUGUUUGUCAAUCUACUGGUGAAGACUGGAAUGAUUGCAAAAUAACUCUUAGCACUGCUUUGCCAAGUGUUGGUGGUAGUCCUCCUGAAUUGCUACCAUAUAACUUAGACCUUGAAGAGCCUGUUAAAAUAGCAAGACGCUCUGUUAGUAAAACCAGUUUCAGAACAUCAUUUUUGAAAAAAUCACAUCUGGAAAAUAUUGAGCAGGAUCGAAUACUGGAUUGUGCUCCACAAACUUGUGCUCUAAUGCUUAUGGAUUCUCCUAUGUCGAUGCCAGUAGCAAAGGCUUUAGAUGGAAUGACAAGCACAAGUUUUGAAAUCACACGUCUAACAUCUAUACCAUCAGAUUACAAUGAUCAUAAAGUAUCAAUCUGUCAGUUAAAUUUUUCUCCUAAAUUUGAAUACAUGGCAACACCAAAGUCUGUUGCACAUGCUUUUUUAAAUGUUAAAGCAAACAAUGACAGUGCAUAUCCGUUAUUGAGUGGAUAUGCUAAUGUAUUCUUAGAUAAUAACUUUCUGACACGGACGUGUUUACCUGCUGUGAGUCCAAUGGAAGAUUUUGAAAUUGCUUUGGGAGUGGAUCCUGCUGUAAAAGUUACUUAUAAGCCAUUGCGCAAGUUUCAGCAAACAAGUGGAAUUCUUUCUAAAACUCAAGUGUAUGAUUUCCAUCAACAGAUAGAAAUCAAAAAUACAAAGCGAGAUGCUAUUAAGAUAAAAGUCACUGAUCAAUGCCCUAAAAGUACUAAUGAAAAAAUUAAGGUUACGCUAAAAGAACCUGAUAUUAAAAUACCAAAAUCUACUUCGACCAGUGAACCGCCACUGAUCACUCACGAUAAUGUGACGCUACAUACAUCUGACUACAAACUUGAAUGGAUACUUGAAAUUGCUUCAAAUGAAACCAAGACAAUUAAUUUACGAUAUGAGGUAGAACAUCCUGUUGAUUCAAUAGUGAAAGGACUAAGUUUAUAGAUUACUUAGAUUUUUCAACAAUACAUUAAAAAAAUUAUUUAUAAUCUGUCAAUAAAACAA